AUGAAGUGGGGUUGGGUGUUUUUGGGGGUCUUCCUAUCUUUGGGGACCCUGUCCUGGGGAGAGAAGGGCAUGGAGGUCCCCGAGUACGACGGCAAAGACCGCGUCCACGACUUAAACGCCAAGAACUACAAGUCCAUCAUGAAGAAGUACGACGUGAUGGUGAUCUACUACCACAAAAACGUGGAUGGGAACCGCAACGCCAUGAAGCAGUUUCAGAUGGAGGAGCUGGCUUUGGAGCUCGCAGCCCAGGUUCUGGGCGACUUCGACGAUGAGGACAUCGGGUUCGGCCUGGUGGACGUAAAGAAGGACUCUGCUGUCGCCAAGAAGCUCGGUCUGGAUGAGGUGGAGAGCAUCUACAUAUUUGCCGACAAUGAGAUCAUCGAGUAUGAUGGAGAGCUGGCGGCCGACACCCUGGUGGAGUUCCUCUAUGAUGUGGUCGAGGACCCCGUGGAGGUCAUCGACAACGACCGCGAACUGAAGGGUUUCUACAACAUGGAUGAGGUCAUCAAGCUCGUCGGCUAUUUCAGGAGCGAGAAAUCUCCUCACUUCAUUGAGUUCGACGACGCUGCAGAGGAGUUCCACCCCUUCGUCAAAUUCUUUGCCACGUUUGACCCCAAGAUCGCCAAGAGGCUGAAGCUGAAGAUGAACGAAGUGGACUUCUAUGAGCCCUUCAUGGAGGAGCCCGUCACCAUUCCAGGAAAGCCCUACAUCGAGUCUGAGCUUGUCGAAUACAUUGAAGAGCAUGACAGGCCUACACUGAGGAAGCUUGAGCCCCACAGCAUGUAUGAGAUCUGGGAGGAUGACAUUGAUGGAGAGCACAUUGUUGCCUUUGCUGAGGAAGAUGACACAGACGGUUUUGAAUUCCUGGAAAUCCUGAAGGAGGUGGCACGCGAGAACACCGACAACCCCAACCUCAGCAUCAUCUGGAUCGACCCUGACAAUUUCCCCCUGCUGGUGCCGUACUGGGAGAAGACCUUCGGCAUCGACCUCUCUUCUCCUCACAUUGGGGUGGUUGAUGUUGAGGACGCCGACAGCGUGUGGAUGGAGAUGGACGACCAGGACGACAUGCCGACAGCGGACGAGCUGGAGCAGUGGAUCGAGGACGUUCUGUCUGGAAAGAUUGACCCGGAUGAUGAUGACGAGGACGAUGAGGACGAUGAUGAUGACGAUGAUGAUGAUGAUGACGAUGAUGAUGAUGAUGAUGAUGAUGAUGACGAUGAUGAUGACGACGACGAUGAUGACGACGACGACGAUGAUGACGACGACGACGACGACGAUGACGACGACGAUGACGAUGAUGAAUAA